AUGCGUGAUUCCAACUACAGAGCCAUUUCGAGUAACAAAGCGGCAGUUACGAUAACUACAAGUCUUUAUGAUAGACGAGCGUUGGAUGUAACUUCAGACAAACCUUUAGUUAACUCACUAAAUUAUCUCACAUACUUGGUAAGCUCAUCGGCAAAAGUCCGCGAUACACUAUCGGUUGAUGGAGGGAUUGAGAGGUUGAUUGAAAUAUUGCACGAGUGUCAUAACUGCCAGAGGUUUAUUAACGACAACGGGGAUAAACAAGUUUUGACUGCUUGGAAAUGGACAUUAGCUUUUCAAUGCUUAGUACUUGUCGGAACCAGAGGCACGGAGAAGAUUAGACAAAAAGUGGUAAGAGCGGGUAUCCUACCAAUCAUUGCAACUGUAUUAGACAACUACUUGACAUUACACGAACAAGUUUUUUUGCAUACUACUACACAAAAUCAGCAGCCCACACAGCAGCUGUCCCAGCAAUCACAACAACUUGAACAUAGACAUGACGCAUCUAACGACUUUACCCAACAAUAUGAUUCGCGCAUUCAACGUCCAUUUCAAGCUAAUCUCAAUCAGGAAAACCCAGAUGGCGAUACAAUAAACCCGUCGGUAUUACAAGAUACUACGAUCGGAGGGGAUUUAUCAAAUACGACUUUUGUACCCGUACCCAACAGCUUAUACUAUGAUCAAUUUCUGACCGCCGCAGCCGCCUUGGAAUCUACAUCAGCUACUACCUACUCAGCCGACAAUCUCGUUUCUGCUGGUAUAACCAUAGAUAAUAUUAGACAUGAAGAUGUUGAACACUCAAGUCUCGAGAAUUUGUUCCAACUUCUUCGAACCUCGUCACUCAAUGAUGGUAAUGGAAAUGAUGACAAUGACAAGGGCAAUUUCCUCCAUCGCUUACCUAUUUAUUCUGAAGUAAAACGAAAUUUUGUCGUAUUGAAUAUCUUGGGUAGACUUCGAGAGACUAAAGAAGCGGAUAUUUUCGAAGAAGGGUUUGUCAAUGAUUGUGAGUUUGAUAUGGAUAGCAACCUCCAAUUUUUGUCAGAGUUGUAUAUGCGUGAUAUGAACAUCAACAGCAGCACAGGACCAAAAGCAGCAGUACGAUCAUUCACAAAGACUGGGGUGGUCAUACCCAAGGAUGAUGAUAUCGUUUGGUCUUUACAACUACUAGCAUAUAUAUCAAAGUAUCCUUACCUCAAGGAAAUUUUACAAAACACUCAUUUAGUUUUGGACAUGAGUAUACGUGAUAAACAAUUGAAGAUGUAUCUUGAGAAUCAGAUCCGAUUAAAAGUGAAAAAGUCCCUUAGUAUUGGAUCAAGACCCAUUAUUAGGCCAAGAUCGAGAAAACCCAGACUUACUUACCUAAAAAAGUUCAAUCCAAGUGCUUCGAACUCGCCGCAGAUGUUGAAUUCCUUGAACGAUGACAACUUGAUUCUUAAAGACGACAAGUUUUCAUUGUGUGACACGGAAUACGAGGACAGCCAAGAUAUCAGUCGUGUUGAACUUGGCAAAAGCGCAAAUGGGGAGGUCGUUGAGGAGGAAAUUGACGAUGUAGAGGAAGAAAAUGACGAUGAUGUCUACAACGGUAAAGACCAUUCUGACGGAGAUCUGGUUGAAGACUUUUCGGAUUCAAGUGAAGGCACUUUUAAGGAAACCAACGAACGGGUUAAUCUAAUGACGAGUUUGUAUGAAAAAAUUGUUGCAUGUGAGUCGGUCGAUAAUGAAUUUUCACGGAAGAUCAAGCUAUAUCAAUUGAACGGAAAGUUGAGUCGAUUGGUCGACGAAGAGAGCAAGAGGUUGUCGACUACGAUCAUUGAACAGAGGCUAAUAAAAAAGGAGUUUCUUAAGCGCAAGUGGGAUUACGAAGAGUACAAGUACUUUGAUAUUGACGAGUUUGAUGAAGACAAGGAUGAAUCGUUGAGUGAAUACAAAAGAGUCAAUUUGUUCCCACUUGUUGAGAAAUUUACAUUUUUAUCAGGUACUGAUAUGUAUUACUGGUCAGGGGUGAUUAUGAGAAAUUCCUGCCGCCGAAAUGAUCACAAAGGUGGUGUUCGUCAAUGUGGGAAUUUGGAUUGUGGUAAGUGGGAGAAAUAUCCACGCGAAUUUUCAAAAUGUCGCAGAUGUAAACGAACAAAGUAUUGCUCAAGGGAUUGUCAAAUGAAGGCAUGGCAUUGUCAUCGAAAUUGGUGCAUUCCCAGUUCAUCUAGUAGUAGUACUAGUAACCAAACAUCAACCUCAGUGCCUCUGCAUCAACACAAUCAAGACGACGCAAUGACUACUGGACGAAUUAAUACCCUAUCUGAUGAUCCUGGAAGUCAAGCAGGGAGUGAAGGAGGCAAUGAAGAAGGACAAGAAAGCCCUCGGGAACUGUCCUAA